UCGAACAGGCAAUUGGUGUGACGCGACCGGCAAUGGCUGCAGCACGGUCCACGGGCACCCGGCCCCCGCACGGUAUGCAGACGUCUCAGCCGAGCUUCGACCCCACCCGCGGCGAGUGGGGCGGGAUCUCGCUCUGCGAGCUGCGAUCGUCCCCGGCGACGCUCUCGGGCUGGCCUCUGGACGGUGCGGGCUUCACCGUCGAGGAGAUCGUCGGGCGAGGCGCCAACGGCGUCGUUGUGCGGGCGGUGAGCGCUGCGAGCCGGUGGCAGGGUCCCCGCGCGGUGGCGCUCAAGGCAGUGCCGCGCGGGAAUAGCAGCGCGCGCGAGCUGGCCCUCAUGCUGCGCCUCCGGACCGCCGAGGCCCACGCGAACCGCAUCAUCCAACUCGAGUCCUACUUCUUCGACCGCGAGGGCAGCCUGCUCGUGCAGGUACUGCCGCUCUUCGACUCGUCGCUCCGCGCCUACAUCGACGAGGCGCCGCGUGCCACCGACCCGCUCAGCAACAUCGAGCUCGCGCGCAGCGCCGGCCGCCAGCUCGCCACCGCCCUCGCCCACGUUCACCGCCUCGGCAUCGUACAUCGAGACGUCAAGCCCGAGAAUGUGCUGGUCUCGCACCGGCGGGGCAGCGCAGACGGCGCGGACAUUAUCUGCGUGCUCGCUGACUUUGGCGCCGCGAAGGACCACAGCCGCGGCGCCGCCGAGUCCUCCCCCUCCCUGUGCUACGUCUGCGCCCUCGAGUAUCGUGCUCCGGAGCUCUUCUUCGCCGCGACAGACUACACGUGCCCCCCCCUCCCGCGCCCCACGGCCGCGAUCUCCGGAGCUCUUCUUCGCCGCGACAACCUACACACCACCCCUCCCCCCCACCCCCCACGGCCGCGAUCGCCGCGGGCUGCACGCUCGCCGCCUCUAUCCGCCCCCACCCUACGUCCCCGAUGCCCACCUGCCGCGAAGGUUCUCGCCCGACAUCUGGGGCCUCGGCUGUGUCGUCGCCGACGCGAUGCUGGGCGGGCCUCGCCUCUUCGAGACCGACGCCGCCGCCGCCGCGAGCCUCGCCUCCGCGGGGUCGGGCUCGCCCGCGCAGCUGGUCACGCUGGUUGGAAGACUGGGCACGCCGAACGAGGAGGACAUGCUGGCGAUGAACCCGCGGCUGGAGCGCGACCCGUACCUGUAUCGGCUGCUACAGCUGCCUCCGCGGCCACACGAGGACGGUGGCUGGCAGCGACGGCUCACCGAUGGCGUCAAGGCCAACCACCCGGGCGGCCGCGCGCGGAUGCAGUGGGCCGACGAGAAGGCGGUCGAGGCGCCACUGAACGCUGCCAAGCGGUUUCUGCAGCGCAUCUUUGUGUACCGGCCGGGGUUGCGACCAUCGGCAGAGGCUUGCCUCGGCCAGCCAUUUCUCGCGCGGUGGUCGGGGGGCUGAGACUGUGCUCGACGGGAGAGCGACGAGAUGGAGCGUGAGGUGGCAUGGCACGCCUUCGUGGCAAUACGCCCACGGGGGCCAAGGCGGGGGCGCGGGGAAGCAGCAUCAGGUGCGAGAGCAGGAAAGGUGGCGCUUCUGGUCGGGCCGGCUGUGAACACGAAUUCCCCAGCACAGGUUUUAGAUCAGUAUUGGCCGCACGAGGUCAGCGGCGCGCGACGCGCCGCUCUCGCAGGCUGCUUUUGGCUGUUUUCCGCAUCGUUUCGCGGAGAGUUUUUGUUUAUGUUUUCAGAGACGGUGGGUCCACAGAUCC